AUGCUACCAGCAAAAAUCGCUAUUGUUGCUUUUUUUUUACAACUAACUGCAACAUUACAAGUAAUCUCAAAUUAUUUACCACCACAGUUGAAACUAGUGCGUGAUAUGUUAGAAACAUAUGAUAAGAAGUCGAGACCUGUGUGGGAUCAUAGCAGAUCCAUUAAUGUGACAUUUAGCAUGGAUCUCUAUCAAAUACUACAAGUGGAUGAGCCACAGCAAUAUGUUUUACUCAAUGCUUGGAUAAUUGAGCGAUGGUACGAUGAAUUUUUGUACUGGCGUCCAGAGGAUUAUGAUAAUAUUACAGAAAUUCAUUUACCGCAUAGUUCGAUUUGGUUACCCGACACAACACUAUAUAAUUCGCUAAUAAUGAAAGAUGAUGAUACGAGGCGGUUGUUGAAUGUGAAACUUACCGCCGAUGAAAAUAUUCGCGCUGCAUAUAUCGAACUUCUCUAUCCAACCAUUUACAAAUUCUCAUGUCUAUUGAACCUUCGUUUCUUUCCAUUCGAUAUUCAGGUCUGUUCGAUGAUAUUUUCAAGCUGGACAUUUGAUCAGAAAGGCAUUGAUUAUUUUGCAUAUUCAGACAUUGUUGGUACAACAAAUUACAUCGAGAACGAGGGUUGGCAUAUUCUCAGAACAGCAGUAAAAAAGAAAGAAGUGAAGUAUGAAUGUUGUCCGAACAAAUACACUCUUCUCUCAAUAACGCUAUAUUUGCGAAGAAAACCUUUAUUUUACAUCAUAAACUUAAUCAUUCCGACUAGUAUCACAACACUCAUCGCCAUUGUUGGAUUUUUCACAACAUCAACAGCAAGUGGAAUGCGCGAGGAAAAGAUAUCGCUUGGCAUCACAACACUAUUAUCAAUGUCUAUUCUGAUGUUGAUGAUUUCCGAUCAGAUGCCGACCACAUCCACAUUCAUACCGCUCAUUGGCUGGUUCAUUUUGGCUAUGAUAACAAUUAUCACUUUUGGAACUUUGGCAUCCUCUGUUAUUAUUGCUAUUCAAAAACGUGGUCGUCAAAAGAGUCGUCUUACUCCACGUAUUGUUUGCUUAGUGAAGUUCAUCGCAUGUAUUAUGUUUGAAGACAUACCAAAACACUUGAGAGAGACGCAUGAGAAAGAGCUGAAAACAACAACUUUACUAAAUGAAGAAGGACAGCAUUUCUCGAGGAUAAAACAGGCGGCAAUUCUACAAAGAAGGCAAAAAACACAAGCAAUCGAACCACAUCUCUGCGAACUAUCCACAUUGUCCUACAACAAUAACAACAACGGCACCGAUUUACUUUCUCCGAAGGAAGCUGGUCAAAGUGUCGAUAUCUCAGACACUCUGGAUCCUCCUAUGUCUUCUUUUUGUCUCCGGUGUGAUUCAUUAAAAGGCGGUAAUAUUGGUUCGAAAAUUAUUACUUCGGAAAAACCCCAAAGACCCUCACAAAAUGUUUCAAAUACAUGUGAUGAGAUCAGUAUUCGACAGAACCGUCGGCUGGCACGAGAUGAAUAUGACUGGAUGGCAAAAGUAUUGGAACGACUGUUUUUCAUCUUGUUUGUCAUCAUUUUUACAUCUGUCACCAUUGGUAUCAACUCUCUGGGUUUUUACUAUUGGUGCAAAAUGGAUCAUGUGCUGUACGAUAGUUAA